ACGUUGGAAGUGCAGAUGUCAACCCAGGACCCCAAUCCAGUAUGGCUAAAGUAUUGUUUUGUGUACCUGGUAUGCAUAAUUCUUUUUUUUUUUUCCUCUUCUUUAGAUGAUGAAAGUCACACAGAAUCAAAGCUUCAGCACGAACAAGAUAAAUCAAACUCCCUUCCCAUUCCUUCAGUUUCUAAGCGAAUUGUGCUUGGUGAUUCUGUCUGUAAUGUGACAGGCACGGCUGACCAUGCAGGCAGCAUGGUAGACCUCAAAGGGGAUAAGGACUUGUUCAGUAAAUCUUCAGAGCUGAUCAAUGAGGGUACGAGUGAGCUCCGUCACCGUAAUAGAGGGGAACUGCCAUCUGAAGCUGCAUCACGGCCACCUAGACAUGGAUUAGACCAGUACUUAUCCAGAUUUGAUGAAGCUCUGAAGCUGAGGAACCAGCUGAUGAAUGAGAAGCCAAGCCAAGAGAAUGGGAAUGCAGGGGAGGAGUUUGACUCUUUCCGUAUUUUCAGAUUGGUGGGAUGUGCUUUGCUUGCCAUCGCAGUCAGGGCUUUUGUGUGCAAGUACUUGUCAAUAUUUGCACCAUUUCUUACUCUACAACUUGCUUACAUGGGACUGUCCAAGUACUUUCCAAAGUGUGAGAAGAAGGCAAAAACGACAGUAUUAACUGCUGCUCUUUUACUGUCUGGAAUCCCCGCUGAAGUGAUAAGUCGCUCCAUGGACACCUACAGCAAAAUGGGAGAUGUUUUCACAGACCUUUGUGUCUAUUUCUUUACUUUUAUCUUUUGCCAUGAACUUAUUCUGUUUUUUGGUUCUGAAGUACCAUGAUGGUUCUGAAGUACCAUGUAGUUACACUAAAGCUGUCUGGACUGUGUUCCUUUAACGACUGACUGUGCACACAGGUUUAAACCUUCAUUAAAUUUCUCACCUGUUCAAAUGCUUGAAAGGAGCCUUAAAUUCAGUCAGUUUGGGAAAGGAAGAGCAGCAUCCCAGACUGCCAGUUGUGUUGGUUCAGCUUAUUGAAAUACUGUGUCUGCCUAUUACAAAUGUGAAGAAUAGGAUGCAAGUGUCAGUGGAUGAUUUAUUUGGUUUAGAUAAUGCCCUUCUCAGCCUCCUUCAUAAACAUCUGCAAAAAACGCCUUUGUUCUUUUCCAUGAGAACAAAGAUAAGAAUUCCUUUCAGCAGAACCAUAAAUAUAUGUAUGUGUCCAGUAUGUCUAUAGCUAACAAGAACUGCUCGUUUUGUGGUGAUCCCAUUUUUUUUAAGAAAGCUCUAAAUAAAAGAAAUCCCCGUAUUCUGUUGUUCAGAUUCAGAAUAUUGAACCAAGUAGCUGCUUCUGGACAGUGUUGGUGAAACAUGCCACUUUGUUGUCCCAACCCUUGCCUCACUAUACCUUAUUUGUUGCGAUUGUGAUUAAUUUCAUUUGAUGAUAAUAGUGCAAAACAGCUAAGCAAACCCAACAACAAAGUCCUGUCGCUUACAAAUGUCAUUAAUCAAAAAGUAGGAAGAAACGAAAUUGUUCAUCUCACCUGUUUGUGAGUUUUCAGCAGCCUAAUCCUAGUGUAGCUCAUACAUGUGCUUUCAUUCUGAUGCCUUUUUGUUAUUUUAAGUUCAUCUCAUGAAGGGAAAGUUGCAUAUAUUGGCAACCAACCUGCAGUAUCAAACCUUUGCUCUAGUAUAUGUAACAAGGGAACUU